ACGUUCACUGUUUGCGAUCAGCCUCGUUGGGUUGUCGCUUUCACAAGUCAUCAGGAAUUCGGUUCUGUGACCGCCCAACGUUCCCCCCUGCGCACUUCCUGUUCCUAGGUUAUCUGCUUUUUCCAUCGAGCAGUUUCUUGACGUAGUAACCGCUUAGACCCUCCAUACUUCAGCUGGACACGAGACAACUUAGUCCCGAACCCGUUCUCCUCACACGUGAAAGUCCCCUUCUUUUCCAGUAUUUUGGUCCCUGAAGAACCUCCUCACAACUUAUCGCCCGUCGCGAUGGGUAUAUUCCAGUGGUGGGAGCGGCCAACGGAUUUCCCUCGUGUUAUUAGCUGGGCCGCGAAGUUUCCCAGAGACCGGUAUUCCCUAGGUGACGUCAUCGCCAACGGAUCUAGCGGCGCCGUCUUAGAAUGUACCGACAAGGAGACCGGCCAGGGGCUGGCCUGCAAGGUCAUGCUUAAGAACGCGCUGCGGACAGAAGCCGACAAAAACGGGCUGCGGCGCCGGCUGGAGAUUAUGAAGCAGGCCGGCACGCACCUGAACGUGGUGUCACUCGUGGGCGUGUUCGAGGACACGUGUGCAAUCUACGUUGUCGUGGAGCGCUGCUUGGGCGGCGACCUACUGGAAUACAUAAGCAAAAUGGGCGCGAUUCCCGAGCCGCAGGCGGCUAUCAUGUUUCGGCAGCUCGCGUCAGCCGUCGCGUUCUGCCACGACUAUGGGAUCCUGCACCGCAACUUAAAGCCCGAGAACGUGUUUUUGACGUAUGGGACGGCGGACGACCUAAACUACGCGUCCCCCGCGCUUUCCUCCUGUAGCUCCUUCUCUUCCUCCUCCUCCUUCUCCAUCUUCUCCCCGUCGCUCUCCGCCUUCUCCACUCCGCAGGGCUCCCCCGCGCGGUAUGCGAGCGCUUCCCCCUCCCCCUCCGCCUCUUUCAACCCCCCCUCCCCCGCCCCCUUCAGCAGAUGCGCCGCCGCUUCCCCCGCCCCCUCCAGCUUGCCCUCCCCCGCUGGCACUUCCCCCAACCUACCCCUCCCGUCCCCGUCCGCAGCGCCCUCCACCUCUCGCAUGCCGACAACUGACGCCAGCCAAAAUCCAAAUGACGUCACGCCUCGUGAAUCCGGCUCCGCGACCCCCGAUUCUUCCGCCUCUUCCGCCUCCUCCACCUCCGCCUCCGCCUCCGCAGCCGCAGCAGCAGCCGCAGCAGCAGCCGCAGCUGCAGCCGCAGCAGACGCAGUAGCUGCAGCCGACGCAAGCGACUCGGUCCUCCCUUCCUCGACACCCGCCUUUUACGCGUUCAACUUUCAAGGGCCCUUCGUGCGACUGAGCGACUUCACUCUGGCGACGCGCCGUCGCAGAGGGUCGUACGUGAGCGGCACGGUGGGUUCUCUGCCGUACAAGUCGCCAGAGAUGAUCGCCAAGGGUCGCUCCAACGAAAAGGCGGAUGUAUGGAGCCUCGGAGUUAUUCUCUACUCCAUGCUCUCGGCUCGAUGGCCCUUCUAUUCGCCUAAAAAGGCGGUUCUCGAGCGGAAGAUCCUGAAUGGCCACGUGGACUUCUCCGGCGAUCCCUGGCCGUCGAUAUCUGACGACGCAAAGGACCUUGUCCGUCGGAUGCUGGCUGUGAACCCAAACGAACGGCCGUCGGCGACGGAGCUUUUGAAGCAUCCAUGGGUGCUGAAGUUUCUUCUAGAAGCAGCGGAUGCGGAAUCUCAGGGGGGCGCUGGCGCUUGCGCGGCAGGUACAGGGGUUGGCGGAAGCGGGGGGCUGGCGGUGGCGCAGCAAGUGAAGAACGGGAAGUUAUCGGGAAGGGAGGUGACCGAAGAGGGGUGGCACUGUAACGAGAAGCUGGGUGUAUGCGACCUACACCUACAGGUAGCGAACAACUGCUGGAUGAUGCUCUCCAAGAUGAUGCCAAAGAUGACUUGGUGACGGUAAUUAGGGUAUUGAGGGGGGCGUGGGGGUGGGGGGGCGGGGGGGAGGGGAAAGGGGGAGGAUGGACGAGCAAACGAAGCUGAAAUGCCAGGACAUGAGGUGCUAUUGGUGGGACCACAUGCGCCACUCACUGUAGGCCUGUCGUUUGUGCCCAAAGUAUUCUAAAUCGUGUACAUCUACGAGGCAAUCCUCACUUCAAGCCUGGCGUUCUAUGGUAUUUAUUCAUUUUUGGCUCCAGGCAUGCACUUCUACGUGAAAGACGGAUGCCUCCUACAUCCUAUGUACCAUGUGUAUGCUCACUGUUGUACCAUAAUCUUGACAACUUUUGAGAUGAUUCCGAAGAUGCUGUUUUAC